GUGUUUGUUUCAGGAUGUACACAGAAGAGGAAGCAAGGAAGUUAGGAGUGGUUGGCUGGGUUAAAAAUACCAGCCAAGGAACUGUAACAGGCCAAGUUCAGGGCCCAGAAGAUAAAGUAAAUGCAAUGAAAAAUACAUUAUGGGAGGUUGGUGCUGGAGAUGGAAGGAAAAUUCUGGAAUCUUUUAGUGUGGCAGAGGAGAAUGUCAGAGGGAUGAGCUGA